AUGGUACUUCCAAAAACCGAGGAGCCCGAUGAUGUGAUGGGAAAAUACCUGGAAGAUGUGUCAAAGCAGAGAUCCUAUCGGGAGGAAAUGAAAACUUGCACGAAAAAAGAGGGUGGCAUGCUACAACUACACGACACGAAACUAAUGGACAGCCGCCAUAAUAGGAAAAGAGGCUAUAGCCAAGGAUUACCUGAGGAGAUUGGCUCCGGUGGACUAAGCAGUAUGAGCCGGGGAGGGGAGAGGGGGCAUGGUGCAGAGCCCACGGUGAGGGGGGCCGGGGAAAGCGGACGUGCCCGGGGUCACAACUCCAGCAACAGGCCUUCCACCAGCGGCUUCCUUUGUCGCCCUCCCUGUUUACACACUCCACUCCGGAUUAUUUCAAUGGGGAGGGGGACUCCUCCCAGUUAA